AACAACAUCUGCAUCGACCCAUUCACUCCGACGAACCUCGUUUCCAACAUCUGAAUUACAACGCUCCGAGUACCCACUUCCUAUCACAAUAUCUGCCAUGGCUGCUGUGGUCGAGAAAGCUCAGGAGCUGGUGGAGAAGGUCACAGGCACCGGAGAGUCCAAGUCGGCACGCAAGAAGAAGGCGAAGGCUGAAGCUGCCGCGACAACGGACACGAAUGGAUCUGCUGCGGUUCCUCAGAACGGUUCCAAGGAAGCCUCUGCCAUUGCCGAGAUUGACAAUUCGUCCGAGAAUGCCUACGUGAAGGAGCUUCAAAAGUCGAUUCGCAACAUCAACAAGAAGCUCUCCGGUAUGCAGAAGACCGAUGUGGUGAUCUCGGAGAACCCUGGCGUGUCGCUCGAUGAUUUGGUCGCACAACGCAAGAUUAAUCAGGAUCAAAAGGCGGCAGCUUUGAAGAAGCCGGGCCUCCAAGCACAGCUCGUGGACCUCGAAGAACGCAUCGAGCACUACCGCAAAUUCGACGCCGACUACCAAUCCAAACUCAUCAAGCAGAGAGACGAACUCACCGCCGCGCACCAGCAAGAGACGGAGAAAUUGAGAAAUGACCUGCGACUUGAGUCAGUGUCAGCCACUACCGCCGAGCUCCGCAAGAAGCUGCUCACGUUCUCCCAAUUCUUGCGAGCUGCUGCUGCUAAGCGCACGGUUGAAGAGGACGCAGACAGUGAGGAGAGCAAGGCAUUUGAGGGUGCUCUGCUCUCGGUCUACGGUGGAGACAACAAGGCAGUAGACGCCGCUCUGAGCAUCAUUGAGGGAUCCAGCGAGCAGGUCAUUGACAUCAAUGGAUAUCCACUCAACUUCAACUAUGCCCAAGUCAAGCAAGCUGCAGUCGAGCAUGCCCCAUACCAGGCGGAGGAGGCAUGGUUGGACCAGGUCGCUGAAGCGACAGGAGGCGAAGCUGGCUCUGACCCGACCAUCGUCAAUGCCGGCUUGACCGAGCUCGAAGCGCCGAAUCAGCCCAACGGUCACCUCGAGCCUCAGGUUGAGGCUUCUGCAGCUGGUCAAGUCAACUCAGGAGACGCCGCCGGCAACACUGCAGGCGAGCGGUGGGACAACAACGCAGCGGGUGCUUCUGGUGGAGCGGAGCACGGUCUCGAUGAGAGCUACGAAGUCAUUCCGCGUCCAGCUGACGAGGUCGACAUGCCCGCACCGGCGGCUCAAGCCCCACCGCAACAGCCGCAGAGCUCUAGCUGGGCAGACGAUGUCACAUCUCAUCAAGAGGCGGCUUCCGGAAAUGUGGCAGGAGAAGCAUGGGACACCAAGGCGCCAGGCGAGCAGGCGGACAACAACGACUGGGCUCAGGAGAACGUCGCUGUUCCCAAUGGUGCCACCGAUGACGGCUUCCACGAGGUCGCGGGUCGCUCACGCGGUCGUGGCGGUCCUCGUGGACGUGGAGGAGAUUCCGGCGAGUUCCGUGGACGCGGUGGACGUCGUGGCAACUUCCGCGGCCGUGGUGGUGAGGGAGAGUCUCGCGGUCGUGGCGGAUUCCGAGGUGGUCGUGGCGAUGGAGAGCCCAGAGGCGGACGUGGUGGAGGAGGACGUGGCCGUGGUGGACCUCGUGGAGGUUCUGACGGUGGUGCCGCUGCCCCACGCUCGUAGGAAGAGUCGUCGUGGUAGUGGACAGCUGCUGUCAGUAUCUUCGCAGAUGUACCACGUGUACGAAUGACGAUGUACUGCAUGGAAUGGCUGAGUGCCAGUACUUGUGUGCUUCAGUAAGCGCAUUUGAGCAUUUGCAUGGCUCAUGGGAAGAGAGAAGAAACGCCAGGAGGAAAAGCGAUGUAUCAUACCUUUGGGGCAUUGUAUCAACGGACGAUCAAGGAAGCGGCUGCUUUGUCGCCAGGAACGAUGGAAAUGAAGACAUGGUGAGACUUGUGUCUCUGUAC